AUGGCCAAAGACAAGUCAGAACUCUCGAAAGAUGAGCGGCGAGCGCUGAAAGCCGCCAAGAAGGCCGAAAAGGUGACCCUCGGCGACGCCAGCGUCAACGGCGCAUCGAAGCACAAGUCGGAAAAGAAGGACAAGAAAGACAAGAAGAAGCGGGAAGCUCUGGCUGAGCUCGCGUUGAACAGCGCCAAUGGCGAAGCGGAGAACAGGAACGUUGUGAGCAAGGCAAAGAAGGAGGACGCCGACAGCGACGAGGAAGGCGAGGUCGCCGUGGAAGACACGAAGCCCAAGAUGAUUGCGAAGCCGAUUGGAGCGUUGGUGCCAUUUGCGGUGCCGUUGGCAGACGAGAAAGUUGCGAAGAAGGUGUUUAAGAGUGUCAAGAAAGCCGCCGCACAACGAACACUCAAGCGCGGCGUCAAAGAAGUCGUCAAGUCCUUGCGAAAAUCACCAAAUUCACUACCCUCAAACACCACAUCCUCCGAUCCAAUCGGCAUCGUCAUUCUCGCUGCAGACAUCUCUCCCAUGGACGUCAUCUCACAUCUUCCGGUGCUCUGCGAAGACCACAAUAUUCCCUACAUCUUUGUGCAAAGUCGGGCAGAGUUGGGUCUGGCGGGCGGCACAAAGCGACCGACGAGCGUAGUUAUGGUCAGCCGCGACAUCCAAAAGAAGAAAGACGCAAAGGGCAAAGUGGACGGCGAGGACGAGUGGCCGGAGACAUAUGCUGGGCUGGCAAAGACGGUGCUGAAGGAGGGCGCCGGUGUGAAGAGGUAA